GACUAACCUCAAAAUUUCGAAAAAGGUCAAAAUAUUUAAACGUAUUUACAUUAAUGCCAUCGAACAUUCUUUUGCUAUAAAUCUCGUUCCUGAGACUCGCUAGGUUUGCCGAACCAACCUCCCUCCGGGGCCUCCUUUAGAGAGAGAGAGAGAGAAUCAAACCCUCUUCUUCCUCCAGAGACUCUCAAAGAAAAGCAAUGGUGACUACAUCGUCUAGUAACAAAUCAAACACUCUUCUUCGUUACUCCAAAGCUGUUCCUUCGUCUUCAUCCUCAGCGUUCGCUUCCUCCACGAGCUCCACCUUCUCGUCUCCGUCCUCAUCCUUCUUCCACCACCGAUCCGCGUCCCCCACUCCCCAGCCUAUGUCGCAGUCCUUUCGCUACUCUCUCGACACCAGAUCCAUCUCCCCUACGAACCACCGAUCCAUCUCCGUUUCCAAGAAACCGCAGCCUAAGGUGUCCGAGACGUCGCCGUCUCGGAGGAGGUGUAUGUGUUCUCCGACGACGCACCCCGGAUCGUUCCGGUGCAGUCUCCACAAAAACGUGGCGAAUCCGCACGGGCAAGGAACGGCGUCGUACACGGGGAACAGUUUGAAUAUGAGGAGAUCGGCGAUGACGAACUCGCUGGUGAGGAUCGGGGGAGUUGAAGGAGAGUGGGUGAGAAGAGCGUUGACGACUCUGAUAAGGCCUUCGUCGCAUCAUCUGAAAAGGAGGGCUGCGUUUCAGCCGCGUCCUAGUAGGCUCUCGGUUAUGUCCAAGGCUGAGUGUUGAUUUUGAUCUGAUAAAGGUUUCAGAGUUUCAGGUUUGUUAACAACAGGACAGAUCUGGUCGGGAAAAGUUGGAUCGGGGGCGAUUGUGGGAGAGAGAGAGUGUCAACGUUGAAAUCGAAGUUUUGUAAAACGAACACACACACACACCAUCAUAUGUUUUUUUUUGUUGUUGGGUGAAGAAAGAUGCGGAAGUGCAUUUUGUACAUAUACUUAUUUUUUUUUACUCUGUUUUAAUGUUUCUCUCGAAAGAAUGUCAAAUUACAUCUAAAAUCAAAAGCUGGUAUGAAAGUUAGAUCUGAA